AUGGAGCAAGAAAAAAGUUUUAAAAAGCAACAUGUAGUAUGGACAAGUCCGACACUACUAGAAUGGUUUCCACCGUUCUUCAGUUUAGACGACUGGGGGUCAUGUCAGCGGCCUAUGGACAAAUACUGCAUCGUCGACGCCGUACUUCACUCUAGCAAACCUUCACCACUUCUUGAUGUUUUAGAAGUAUACUCAUCUGAGAUGUAUAAGCACUAUAAUAGAACACAGAUCCAUCGCGGUGUAUGCGUAUCAAGAUGUCCCGGGAAAAAUAAUACAGAUAGUUUAGUCGAAGCUGCUCAGAGCUGUAUCGACGAGAAUAUUAAGGCUUACGAUCUCGAGGCAGAAGUUGUAUCGGCGAAAUGGUGUAAUACGGCUGGCGUUUCGCGUGUGUCGCAGUCAGCGCGGGUCAUGGCGGUCGUAAUGGUUACAAUUUUGGUAAUAACUAUUGCAGCCACCGUUGUCAGUUUUGUGGAUCCAAAAAUGGGUAACAGAUAUUUAAUGGCAUUUUCUCUCAAGAAGAACUGGUUAAUUUUGACACGCUCCAGAACCAAUCCGAAUAGCGAUCCUCGUCUAAAAUGUUUCGCUACUUUCGACGGAAUUAAAGUAUUGGGUAUACAGAGUGUAUUUUUCACCCAUAUUAUAUUGAUACACGCGUAUGCGUACUCCGAUAAUCCAGAGUUCAUAGAAAGGUUCUAUGACCAGUUUCCGUGGAAGGUCCUGAUGAAUUCGCCACUACUCCUCCAAGCUUUCUUCGUGAUGACCGGCUUCAUGACAGCUUACAUGGCAUUAAUAAUAUCUGAAAAACGAAAAAUUACUUUAUUUGGAUGCUUUUAUUCAAUAGUUAACCGUUGGUUUAGGUUAGCCCCAGUGGUGAUAUUUGUAUUAUGGUUCACCAUGGCCUGGUUCCCUUUGAUGGGAUCGGGACCCCACUGGUCUUGGAUCGUGGAGAAGGAGGCCCAAGAGUGCUCAGAAAUCUGGUGGUACUACUUGUUCUUCGCACAAAACCUCAUCGGAACAGAGCGGUUUUGCUUGAGUCAUUUAUGGUAUGUAGGUGCUGACAUGCAGUUCCACAUCGUCGGUAUGCUGUUACUACUCGUUCUGGUUCGUUACCGAAAGAUGGCAUUACCAGUACUACUUCCCUUGUUCAUUGCUCCUGGUAUAGCAACAGCGACUGUCAAUUGGAUUAAUGAAUAUCCUCCCAUCAUUGCUGGACAGCCCCCAGAAGUACUUCGGACAUUAUUUUCAAAUUGGCCUCGUAUGACAAGCAUAUAUUUGGCACCCUGGAUGAACCCUGGAUUCUUCGCAGGUCUCGCAACCGCUUUUAUCCACUACUCCAACGAAGAAAAAGGAAUCAAGCUGAAUGAAAAGAAGUGGUUCUGCACUCUCAGUCACAUAUCCAUACAUCUGUGCAUGGUUGUCUCGGUAAUAGGAGUCAUCUUCAUGGCUGAUGACUUACCACCAUGGUGGGCUACGGCGGUAUACUCCGCCUUGGAUAGAAACCUGAUUUCUUUAUUCAUGAGCUUCCUGAUUUUGGGCUUCGCGAGUAACUGCCAAUCCAUUGCCUUCAAGAUGUGCUCGUGGCGAGGUUUUCGAGCUCUGGGAAAACUGUCAUACUGCGCGUAUAUUAUACACUUUAUCAUACUUCGUUUAAUUAUGGGAAGCAACACCAAUCUUGUGCACAUUUCUAUAUUUUCCAUGGUAUGUUUCGUCAUCCUAACAACGAUCCUUACGUACUUGGCGUGUGUCCCUGUGUACCUGAUCAUUGAGUUGCCAAUCGUCCAAUUGUGGAAGGCUAUAUUUGAGGCUCCAAAACGAUCUCCUCCGGUGGAACCAAUCACAGUAAAGAUGGAACAAGCGAACAAUGGCCACGCAGAAGUGUAG